AUGAGUGACCAUAAAAAGUACAAAGAAUAUACUGUCGAUGAAGUACUGAAACACAACACCAAAAAAUCCCUUUGGAUUAUAAUAAGAGACGAAGUGUUUGAUGUGACAAAUGACCAUAAAAAGUACAAAGAAUAUACUGUCGAUGAAGUACUGAAACACAACACCAAAAAAUCCCUUUGGAUUAUAAUAAGAGACGAAGUGUUUGAUGUGACAAAGUUUGUGGACAGCCAUCCCGGCGGUUGUGAUCCCAUUAUGAACUUCGCGGGAAAGGACUCGACCACUGUUUUCGUAGGCAAUCAUUCAGACGACGCGGAACAUAUGAAAAAUCAGUUCAAAAUCGGUGUCAUUAAGAGAACAUGA